AAUUGUUUUGCAUUUCAUGAUACUUGGCAUUAUUAGAUCCUAGAAGGUGAUUGCAAUGUCAAUGACGGGAUGCAUUCCAAAUCUCAAAGAAUGUCAACACCUAAAGUUGUUCCAAUCCAGAUUGGUGUCUAUCAUGCCCACUAUAAAUACUCCAACGUGAGCUUCCAUUGCCCACCAUCUCUUCUUCUUGCUUCCUCUUCAUCCAAUGGCUCUCUCCGCUCACAAACUUCUGCUUCUCCUCUUACCUUUGCUUCUCUGCCAAUCUAAGGCCAAGGGGGAUACCUGCAGUGGCUGCUUUACCCAUUCAAGUGCAGCUUACUACCCUAACUCUGACAAAGAAGGGACAGAGACUGGUGCAUGCGAGUAUGGCACGUUCGGAGCGACGCUCAACGGCGGGGACGUCUCGGCAGCGUCGAACCUGUACAGGAAUGGCGUGGGUUGCGGUGCAUGCUAUCAGGUGCGAUGCACGGAUGCCAAGUACUGCUCGACCGACGGCGUCACGAUCGUCAUCACGGACUUGGGAGCAAGUGGCAACACCGACUUCAUUCUCAGCCAGCACGCCUUCGCUCGCAUGGGUCAGAAUGCUGAUGCAGGUGCUUCCCUUCUAUCUCUCGGUGCGGUCGGCAUCGAAUACCGCAGCUAUCCAAACAAGAACAUCACCUUCAAGAUUGACCAGAGCAGCAACCUCUACUACUUUGCCUUCCAGAUAUGGUAUCAGCAAGGGAACAAGGAUAUUACUGCUGUUCAGCUGUGUGAGACCGAGAACUUCACCUGUAAGUUGUUGGAGAGGAGCCACGGAGCAGUGUGGGCGGUAGCAUCUCCACCAAGGGGGCCUCUCUCUGUGAGGAUGCUGUUGAGUGGAGGCGAUGAUGGAGAUGACACAUGGGUGGUGCCUCCCAAUAACAUACCUCAGAACUGGACUGCAGGAGACAUAUAUGACUCUGGAAUACAAGUGUAGUAGUAGAAAGAUGCUUCUGAUAGAUUUGUAACAUUGAGACAGUGGUCACGAGGUUUUUAUUGUUCUUCCCAACUAUUUUUACUAAAUAAGAAUAAACAGAAUUAUUGCUCAAUAAGAUUCAGUGUAUUUGUUCA